GCUGCGCUGCCCGAGCAAGUGCGGGGCCAACUUUCUGCUGCCGGCGCCGCUGCCGGCUCGGCCCCCCCCGCGCUCUGAGCGGCCCCCCCCGCUCUGACCGGCCCCCCGGGCCCCGAGCUCGCCCUGCCCCGCUCCCGAUGCGGGCGGCGGGUUUCUCCCCUCCGCGAUGAAGCUUCUGCGCUGGCUGCCCGCGAUCUUCAGCCCCUGGCUGCUGCUGAAGGUGGUCUGCGUGGAGGGCCACAUGACCAAAACCCUGGGCUACCUGGAGCUGGGCACCUCGGGGCUCCUCAAGACCCUCCCGUCCGGCGCCUUGAAGCCUCCGCCCCUGCCCCCGGCCCGGCUGUUCUCCGGGGAGCCCUCAAAGGCCAAGGCCGGUGCCCUGACCCCCUGGGCCUGGCCUAGGAACCAGACGGGUGCCGAGCCCCCGGGCCAGAGGGGCCAGCGCAAGCCCUCGCUCAAGACGGGCCGGGCCCGGAAGAUCUUCGGCUGGGGCGACUUCUACUUCAACAUCAAGACGCUCAAGUUCAGCCUGCUGGUGACGGGCAAGAUCGUGGACCACGUCAACGGCACCUUCAGCGUCUACUUCCGGCACAACUCCUCCAGCCUGGGCAACGUCUCCGUCAGCAUCGUGCCCCCGGGCAAGGUGGUGGAGUUCGACGUGCUGGGGCCCCCGCCGGCCACCGAGCCCCAGCAGGCCACCCUGCCCGAGGCCAAGGAGCCCAGGGCCUUCAACUGCCACGUGGAGUACGAGAAGACCAACCGGGCCCGGAAGAACAAGCCCUGCCUCUACGACCCGGCCAAGGUGUGCUUCACCGAGCACACGCAGAGCCAUGCCGCCUGGCUGUGCGCCAAGCCCUUCAAGGUCAUCUGCAUCUUCGUCUCCUUCUGCAGCUUUGACUACAAGCUGGUGCAGAAGGUCUGCCCCGAUUACAACUUCCAGCACGACCGCCCCUACUUCGGCUGAACCCCCUCCCGGCCCCCCAGAAUAAAAACCCAGCUCGCACAGCGUCCAGGGGGCGGGGAAGGACCCUGCCUCGCCCUGGUGGGGCUGGUAGAUGGGCUUCUCCCAGCCGCCUGGAGGAGGGGGUGCCGUGGAACGGGCGCGGGGGACGCUGUGCGGCCGCCCCACCCCGGGCUGUGGCGAGCCCCUGUGGGGAUCUGUGGACCGGACUCUUUGCUCCAUCAGCUACGGGCCUGCGGAACCGCUCGGGACCCGGCCAGGCCGGGCUGACGCAGCCGGAUCCCCUUGGACCGCGGUGGAAGGACGGGCUGGGGGACAUGUGAGCAGCGCAGCCGGAGCCGGUGGCCCCGUCCCUGCUGGGAAAUGGGGGGACGAGGGCCAGGGGCUGCACAGGGCAACCGAGUGCCACGUAUCCAGAGGUGCAAAUCGGCACGGGGGUGUGUGUGUGCACCUGCGUGUGUAAAUGUAUCUGGGAUAGUGGGGGUGCUGGCUGGCGUGUGAUUGGUGGGGGUGUGCGUGUGUAAAUGUAUCCGUGAUAUUGGUGUGUGUGCGCGUCUGUGUGUGUCUGUGUGUAAAUGUAUCCGUGAUAUUGUGGGGGGAGGAUGUCAGGUGUUGGGUGCAGUGUGAUUCGUGGGUGUGCGUGUGUAAAUGUAUGAGUGAUAGUGGGGGUGCUGGCUGGCGUGUGGUGGGGGUGUGCGUGUGUAAAUGUAUCAGUGGUAUUGGGGGGUGUUAGGUGUUGGCUGGAGUGUGAUUUGUGGGUGUACAUGUGUGUGUGUGUGUGUGUGUGUAAAUGUAUCCGUGAUAUCAGGGGGGUGCAUGUGUAAAUGUAUCCGUGAUAUCGGGGAGUGUGUGUGUAAAUGUAUCAGUGAUAUGGGGGGGUUGGCUGGCGUGUGAUGGGCAGAGGCAUGCCUGUGUAAAUGUAUCAGUGAUGUGGGGGGGAGUGUGUGUAUGGAUUGAUGGCUCGGGGCCCAGCGCAGACAGGUAUCUUUGCCAGCCAUCGCCCGGGGCGAGCCAACCCGCCCUUCUGGCUCCUCCUGGGGGGGGCUGGGGGGCUGGGGCUGUGGUGAGAGCUGCCUGCUGCCGGCCCUCCGGGCUCUGACCCCAGUGGGCUGCAUGGCUGAGCCAGGAGCCGGCCCCGGGGAUGAUGGGGCGAUGCCUGCCCAGCGCUGCACCCCUGGGUCCAGCCAGGCUGCAAGCGGGCGCCGCUCUCCCUUCGCUCCCCUGGAGCCGUGCCCACCCCUGCCCCCUGCUCAGGGGAGGGAGCACGUUAUUCGGGAGGGGACCAGGGCCUCCCCCCAUUUCUUUCUCCCCCACAUGCCCCCUGCCCAACCCUGCCCAACUGCACCCCCGCCCAUUGCAGGCUGCGGGGCCGCCCCAGUGCUGCGGGAUGGAAGCCGUGCGGGGGGGCGGGGGGGCCUCCUGCCUGCUCCCCUUUCCCAGCCCCAGGCUCUCCCCCUUGCUCAGGGACCCCCCUAGACCCCUGCAGGGCUGGGAAGGAGCCGACCAAGGGCGUGGGCGAGGGGGAAGGCAGAUCAUGGCCGGAUUCCCACGCACGGCUAAGGUGGCAAAGGGCGACGGAGAGUCCAGCAGAAAGAGUGUGAAGUAAGACCAUGGGGGGGGGGGGUGUUGGGUGUGUCGCACAUCUGUGCGCUGGUGUGAGUUUGCAUCCUUUGUGGCUGUGCGUGCGCCUGUGGCCCUGCGUGUGUGCGGCUGUGCACAUGUGAGUGCCUGGAUGUGUAUCCCCGGGGUGGUCACGCCCUUGUGCGUGUCUCCGUGUGUCUCCCUGCAGCGGGCUUGGUUUCGCAGUCCUGGCACGGAGGGAGGGGGCCCAGCCCUGGCUCCCCGAGAUGUGCCCCUGGAUCUCAGCAGGAGCCUUCCCCUGCUUCCCCCCCCAUCUGGCAGUGCCAUCCUGCCCAGCCCCCAGCGACGGGCGUGGUGCCCGCCAUGGGGGCAGGCAGGGCCCCUCCAGACAGAGCCCCCCAGCUGUCGAUCGCUCGUCCCCGCGCGGUCAGGAGCUAUAAAAUGUGCAUUUGAGUGAAGAAGUAGGUGCCAUGGGGCUGGGGGGGCCAGGACGAGCUGGGGUCACCCCCCCGGGCUGCGCUGUGCACUGGGUCGGGGGUCACAGUCACACCCCCCGUGCUCUGGACAGCACCCCUCCGGCUCAGUCACACCCCCCCCCGUGCUCCGGGCAGCACCCCUCCGGCCCCGUCACCCCCCCCACCCCCCCGGGCUGAGAUUUCUCCAUAUUUUUGUAACAAGAUAAACUGGAGGGGAAAAUGUGAUUAAAAAAACCGAAUG